AAUUACAUAUUAUUGAAAUUAUCAUGGUUCCCACCCGUUUCUUCUUUGCAGCCACUCUGCUGCUUCUUUCAUCACUUGUCAUUGUGGCUGCCAUUGAUUACAGUCAGGGGUCAGAGUCUGUUGGCAAAUCAAUGCCAAAGGCAAAAGAGAAGCCACUUCCCAUUGGAGUUGAAGGACACAUUCUAUGUAAAUCGGGCACUUCAUCAGCGGUACCGAUUCAAGGAGCUGUUGCAAGGAUAACAUGUGUAGCUGUUGAUGAGUUUGGUUAUGAGACAGCACCUUUCUCUUUCUCGAGCGAUGCAACUGAUGAAAAUGGGUAUUUCUUUGCAACCUUGACUCCUCCUGAGAUCAAUGAUAAGAUGCAGCUUAGAGAAUGCAAUGCGUUCCUGGAAAACUCUCCAUUAGAGGCUUGUAAAGUUCCAACAGAUGUGAACAAAGGGAUUCGGGGUGCCAUCCUUAAUUCUCACCGUCAACUAGACCAAAGGAAAAUGAGGCUGUACUGGGUCGGCCCUUUCUUCUACACAUCAGAAUCAGAUGGCUAUUAACAUUGAAUUUUAUCCUUCUACUAUAACAGCUAAACAUGUUUUAUUUCUCUUCCCAACAUUAAUUAGCCAACUAUGGACCGUGGUUGAUUGUGCUAUUGGUUUUGGGGGUGAUUUUAUUGUAUUCUUUGGAUUUGUUAUACGAGGAACGUAAUAAGCUUCAACGACUAUGAUAAUUCAAUUAAUCUAUUUGCAUUUGGAUAAUUUGAGCGCCUGGUUUUGAUGCAAGCAUGGUUGAAUAUC